AGGCCACAAAGAUUACAAAAGCAUGCUCGCUCAAGCUGUGAUGCCAUAUGAGGCAUACCUGUAUGGGUCAGAAGACAAACUUUUCUGAACUCACAGAGUAGAAGUCCUCAACGUGCAAAUCACAAGCUUGAUCCCUAUGUCUCCGGCAUGCUUAAGUGCACUUGCUCUGACAUUUGGCAAGCCAAAAAUCAGCCAGUUCCUCUGGUGCCUCUUCCUGGUAAUGGUCUCCACUGUUUGGUGAUGCAGCUGAGAAGAAACCACUUGCAUUGAUGAAUGUGGUGAUGUGAUAUAAGACAGAGAAUAUGACAUUAAGAAGGCAGAAUGCAAUCAAAGAAUGUGGAUGGCCUGUAUAAGACAAUGCUAUGCCCUAGUAUGUAUGAUGCAAAUACAACAUAAUCAAUAUUAAGUUUAAUUAUGUAACACUUGCAAGGUUAACAAAUAUCUCCUGUCACAGGACAAUUUUGAUGCUGGCUGCAAACUCCUUCAGGCACUCUUUGCUACACUAGACUCUAUCUAAUAGUAAAAAUAAUUUAGAAAAGAGGCUUAUCUGCCAGCUUGGUGUUUGGAAAACAUGUGAAGAACGCUUCAGAGAUCACGCUACAUAUAGAUGUGUUACUGAGGCAUAUUCUCUGUACCCAGAAGCUGGCCCCAGCAAGAGUGGAAUGAGCCUUGCUCCUUGUCAGACAUCAGUCUUUUUAUAAUAUUUCACUGAUUUGCAAUGCCUACUAUUCAGUGACCUCUAUUCUGGAGUUGAAUGGAGGAGGGAGUUGUCUCAUUUUUGUUUCUGGUAGGGAAGACCCACUUGAACAAGAUUUUAAAAUAUCCUAUAGGGAAAAGCUGUCCCAGUACCCUAUGUUCCUGUUUGCAAGCACAUUCUGAUUUGUUUAUCACAGCACCUGUCCAUAUGCAGCUCUAAGAAGGCACAACUUUUGGAAUCCUUGUCUGUGAUUCAAUCUUUCUAGUUUUCCACAUUCACAUGGAGAAUAAUAGAAUGGGUGCUAUUUUAUUUAUGCUAAGGGCCAAAUCUUGCUGUAUUGUACUUGAGCAAGCCCACUGAAGUCCAGAUUUUGGCCCUUAGUUUAAACCCUCUGCUACUAGUUUCCAAAGGAGUAGUAAUGUAAGAAAUUGUUGGUACAAUGAAGUGAUUGAGAGAAACUUGUUGAACCUGAUCCUUUUCCUUAAGGGGGCACCUUCCUUUCCAACCCAGGUCUCUAAAACAGAUAAUUACCCCUUGCCCAUUCUAGCUUGAUUUUUGGCAAUUUCUAAUCGAGGUUGGAGCACUAUAUCUUACUAAACUAAAAUUGAGGAAGAGGAGGGACGUGUGCAGUAAUGAUUAAAGUUAAAGGCUAAGAAGGAGCAGCCCAGGUUCAAAUUCCAGUUCAGUCAGUUAGUUGCUUGCUCUGUUGCUCUUUCGUGAAAAGGCAGAUGAUCUCUGGGAAAAAUGAGAGAGUUUGAACUGCCCUUUUGCAGGGUCUAUAAACUACCCCCAAAAAACGCAGACACUGUUUGAGGAUAAUCUGUUUCUUUGGCUGUGAAGCUACUUUGUGCCAAGUUUCAAGGCAGAGUCUCUUGACUACAAAGUAAUCCUUCUUCAGCAUAGUCUUGUCAUUUUCUUCCUAAACUGGCGUUUUGGGUCUGACACUGUCUUAGUUUGUACCCUGAUAUAAUUUUUUUUAAUCCGCAUCAUAAGCAAGUCUCCCCCGCCUGCCCGCCGCCCUACUGUGGUGACUAUCAUAAUUCCCUUUCUCUAUAUCAAAAGAUUACCUAGGCACAGAGGGCUGAAACCUGCUCCCUGCAAGACUCAGUGGGAGUUCUUCCACUGGGAGCAGCAUUGAGUCAUUAAAGAAACAACCUCAGGGCUGUUGCUGAAGGAAACACCAGCUAUGGGUUGGUGCUAGCAAAUGGACAGAGUUGACUCAGAUGUAAGAUAUACUAAAUCUACAUCAUAUAUGGCACACCCAUUUAAUUUGGAUACUUGCCAGGGAGAGCAGCUCCAAGGUAGUGCGUUUCAAUUAUUUUGAACAAUGGAUGGUAGUUAUCUGUCUGCCUAUUUCCAGCAACUAUCACGUAUGACUUGGGUGUUUGCUAGCAAAAAAAAUCUCUGUUCACUUCCCAAAUCUAUUAUGUCAGAUUCGUCAGUUGUGCCUUAAGAAAGCAUCUAAAAUGUGUUAACGGAUUAAAAAACAGAAAUUAAUGAAAUACAGCAAAUGAAUAUCAAUCAGCAGUCAAAUCUUUGUCCUAAUUAGCAUAGGUUACUGUCAUUUAUAUGCUAUGUUUCUGUUUUGGGUAGGUGUGCUAAUUAAGAUGAUUAUACUAAAUCAUUCUGCAUAGUAUUGGAGUAGUGGGACUCUACUACUCUAGCUUCACUUGGGAAAUAACCUGGGGACCCCAGGCUGCAAUAGCCAAGAAAAAAGGUAACAAAAUCAAGCUUGGGUGAACAUUCUUGUUCCACAACAGCCACUUGGAUAUGGUUCAGUAUAGUGUAUGAACUAGUGAAUGGGUCACAUUUUCUAUGGAAGAAUGAGACAAGAAGUCAAAAUGAAUUAUGACUAAAUCUCAAAAGGAAGUAGAACACCGCCCAAGAAACAAGAUCUUAAGCUAUGCUGUGCAUAUACAGGAAAAAAGGUAUACAUCAUACGAUUUUUCUGACUUUAUAUAAGCCCCACAUAUAAGCACAUCAAGAAUUCUGAGUCCGAUUCAGACCUGCUUUAUGGAAGUGCCCAGCCACGGAAGCCAAUGGAGUUGCUCCUAUUUAUACCUGGGAUCGUAAUAUACCAAAUGGGUACAAUACAAGAUACUGAAAGACUGCAUGUGUAGUACAACAAGAGUUCUGUUCCUCUUAAUAUCUGUACAAAGUGGUUGCAGAAUUUUUCUUUGGUAUUACAUAAGUUACAAAGUUCGUUAACCAAACACAGAAUUAUGCUUCGUACCUGACCUUUAUAGGUGAAUACAUCUGUGGUGGCUAUAACCUCACCAGCUUACUGCACGCUUGAGUAUUGCACCAUUAUGUCAGCUGGCUAGCUGCAACACCCAUCACAAGUCCUGAAAGAUGUGAGAAGUGGAUAUCGGUUUCUAGUCUCGUGAGAGGAAGUGAGGCAGCACCGAUUCCUAAACCAUUCUCUCUGCUUUCCAGCAAUGGAUCCAAUGAUGGUGUAUUAGGUAAAAAGAGGAGACAAUGAAAGCCUUUUUAAAAAGUUCAGAUGGUGUUUUUAUGCUGAGAUCAAAAGUAACUACUAUAGGAAGACAUGAAGAUUCAGAUCUUGUUCUGAAGUCUGUAGGUAUUGAAGAUCAUCAUGCAGUCAUUGAAUUCAGCGAUUCAGAAAACAGCUUUGUUCUUCAAGAUUUCAACUCUCUUCAUGGCACUUUUGUUAAUGAUUGCCAUAUACAGAAUGCAGCAGUGAAAGUGGGUGCAGGGGAUAUUCUGCGCUUUGGUUCAGGAGGAACAUCCUAUGAGCUAGUGAUAGAAAACACUUCUCAGAUGUCUUGCCCACCAAUGAAACGUGACAUAGCAUGGCCGGGGCAGUUGCAGUUAAUUUCAGAGACAAAACUUUAUACCCCUUCAACAGCUCCUCCUCAGCUUCCUUUCCUCCAGUCUCAGCACCCAUCCAGCGUUCACAACAGUUGGAUGCAUGGAACAAAUGGAACUACACCCCAUCCACCAAACAGAAAAAGACCUGUGAGUGCUUGGGGGAGAAGUAUGACUUCUUCUUUCUCUCCAGAUACUUUCAAUAGGCCUACUGCAGUCAGACAAGGAAAUGGACAAUCUGGAGCAAGUGGAGUUCCAUUAUCAGGAAGUCAUCAUAUGGAUUUACUUCUUCAGGAAAAGGAUGAAAUAAUUCUGAAAAUGAAAGAUGAAAUCAGUCAUCUCUUGGGUUUUGAAAGUGAGUCAAAACAUAAAGAUACAGUGAUAGCCAAUCUUCAGGAUGAAAUUGCAGUGAUGACAAAGAAGAUGGCUCAGGCUGCUAGGAAUGAUGUCGAGUUUACUCAAAAACUACUGACCUUUGAGCGAGAUAUUGAAGCAAAGACGGAGGAGAUUAAAGCCUUGAAAGAGCAGAUCAGCAAUCUGCAGAGAGAUUCGAGCCAAGUCUUGUGCCAUUCCCUCUCUGAAAGAGACUUAGAAAUUGCAAACUUGAAAAAAGAGGGUGAGAAGUUAAGGAGGAAUCAAGCUCUAACUACAGGACUGGUGACCAGUUUGCAAAGAGACAUUUCAGCAAAGGAGCAGAGAAUACUGCAACUAAAACUGAAUGCAGAUAAACUAAAGAAGGAAAACAGGGAGAAGGAUAAUCAGCUUGCAGUCAUUUCUGCCAAGUGUUCUAGAAUUAAAGAGGAAAUGAAGCAUGAAUUCAGAGAGAGAGAAGUAAUUACAUACCAAAAUCGCAUUGGAGAGCUGGAGCUGCAAGUGAAGAGGCUGCAGGGAGAAAUGCAGAAGAACUGCACCGAACAGGAAAUCAUAACAAAUAGGCUUGCAGAAAAAACAAAGGCUCAAGAGGAACUGAAAAAAGAAUGUGAAAGGAAAUGUCUGCAGUUACAAGAGAUGGGGCGCAGAGAAGGCCUCAUUAAAGCUGACUUGGAACAGGCAAAAGCUCAGCUGGAGUGUUUCAAAAGGCAAAUGAUUGAAAUCGUCUAUUCACAAGAAGCAGAAAUUCCAGAGACUGUAACAAAUCAACAGUUAAUGGAAAAGAUAAGACAGAUCACUGAUGAAAAUCUGCAGAUUCAUGAAGAGGAGAAGUUAUUACAGGAGGAAAUCAUUUCCAAGGACUCUGAAGAGAAGGAAGUAUCUGAAAGUGUUGAGGUGUUGAAGAAAUCAUUGGAUGAAUUCCAGGCUUUCUUAAAGACCUCCUAUUGCAGCAGUAGCUUGAAAAGAGAGAUUUGUAACCUUCAAGAUCUGUGCAUUGACCCCUCUGUCUUGUGGAUCCACACACCAAUAGUUGAAAUUCUAAGCAGUUUACUCUCAUGGGUAGAAGCAGUGGAGCAGCUCCUUCAGGAUGUGGGCAUUGACAUGUCUUGCUCUGACAAAGGAAUGGCCUCAUACAUGAAGAGUCUGCUGGAGAAUAAUCAUGAAACUAUGGGCAGAAUUCAAACAUUGCAGGCCCAGUUAGACAAAUUACAGGAAUCCCAGAAUUCUCUGCUACACGAAAAGCUGAAUGAACUAAAAGUGGAACAUGAGACAGAAUUACAGGACAAGAUAAAACUAAUACUUUUAGAAAAAGAGAGAGAAAAUAAAAAGAUUCUGGACAGUGCUGUUGCUCAGGAAAAAGACAAAUUAAAGGAAUCUGUGGAGGAAGAAAAGAAAAAGGUCCAACAUUUGGAAAAUCAAUGGAGACAUUUGACUGAGAUCAUUGAACUUAAAAUGAAAGAAGAAGAAAUUGUAAAUGCCAAACUGAGAGAAGCAGUGGACAGCUUAGAAGAGGCUAGAAAGAGAGAGGCCAUGUUGCAAGAUCACCUGUUGAUGCAAGACAAACAUCUAACACUCAUUCAGGAUGAGAAUGAGUUACUGAAGCAGAAAAUUCAGAACGAGAUAAUGGAAUAUAAAGAACAAAUCAAGCAACAUUCAGAGACAAUUGUGGCUUUAGAAGACAGACUAAUGGAAGCCACACAGCAUCAGAAGAUUAUAGAGGAGGAAAAUGUAGCUCUACGGGAAAAAAUAGAAAUAUUUCAGAAAGAGCCUCAGAAGUCCGCAUCAUCUGUUUCACAAGAGCUUUCUGACAAUGAAGAGGCCCAUGUUUUUCUGAUAGGAGAAUUAGCAGCUGCUCGGAAGGAAAUCCAGUCCAAGCAGGCUAUCAUUUUGGGAUUAAAGAAAGACCUCUCAGAAGCCAAAGCCAGAAUGUCGGAUAUGAUAGGAGAACUCAGUGAGAAACAAAAGAUGGAACUGGAGCGGAACCUAAUUCUUGUUGGAAGCCAAGAGAGUGAACUGAAAGUGCUUAGAGAGAAGCUAUUUGAAAUGUCAGACCUUGUGGACAAGAAGGAUAAAGACCUGAGAACUUCAGCUGAAGAAUUAAGGCAUACGAAAGAAAAACUGAAAAAGCUGAAGAAUGCAGCAAAAGAAAAGGAGAGUGAAUUUGAAAAGCUACCACAAACAGAUGUGCAGGCCAGUAAUACCACAAAGGAUGAAGUCCCCAAAACCAAAAAGAAGCAGACUUUGGACUUGGCAGACCUAGGAGUUACAUGUAAAGGCCUCAGACAUGAGGAGACCAUUCAGCGUCAAAAAGAUGCACUGACUGAGCUCCGAGACAGAAUCAAGACGCUGGAAAAGACUCCGUCUUUAACUAUUAAAGAGAAGGUUCCUGAGCCACUUAUAGUGCUAAAGAAAGACCUAUCUGAGAAAAUAGCUCAGAAAAUAGGCUUAGAAAAGGAACGUGUGCCAUCAUCAAUAAAAAAAAUGGAGGCCAAGCUUCCAAGCCAUUUUCCCAACACAUAUUCAAAUGUAGCCUUAGAGAGGACAGCAAAGUUGGAAAUGUCUGAUGCUUUAGACCUCAGCGAGAAGAUGUACCUCAACUUAAUUCAUGCUCUUGGAAGUCUGAUGAAUGUGAAGGAGCUGACAGGAGUGCAGUCUGUUAAGCAUCUUUCUCAGGAUGAGAGGGAAAAAGUGAGACUGCAACGACAGAAGGACCUUGAGCUGCUGUACGAUAAGAUCAGUAAACUCAAGAGUCGGCUAGAAAGGAAAGAAGAACUACUGAAAGAGUAUGAGUCAGACAUUGGACAACUCAGGGCGAAUAAGGUAUCUUUGCAAGCGUACCAGGCCGAGAUGACUAAACUGGAAGAUGAAGUCUAUAGAGAAGCAGAAGAGAAUGCUCUGCUAAAAGAGGCUCUAGAGAGGACACAGUUCCAGCUGAAUCAGGAGAAAAGAUUGAACAGAGCUGUUAAACUGCAUAAGAGCCAUUUAGAGGAACUGGAGAAGAGAAGUGAAAAGUUGUCACCAUGUUGUACCUGUUCACAAAAGGACAGAGCCAGCAAGCCUGGACCCAAAACAAAAUCAUUCCCCGAAAAGCUGAAGACAACAGACCAUGUGAUAGAAACAUUUAAGAGGAGAGCACAUAGUAAUGCCACCUCAUAGGCAUUUCUCUUGCAAAAUCCUGUGGUAGGAAUUUGCCAAGUAAUGUAAUACUAUUUGGGUUAGACCUGUUAUUAAUUGUAUUGUUUUUAUGAGAAUCCAUUUAGCCCUUGUGUAAAUACAUGAAAUGCUGCAGUAUAUCUUGAAUUACAUAGGACUUGUUUUUUCUUAAGUAUGUUGCUUAUGUACCAUAUUGUAUUUUUGAUUAUUAGAAGUGUAAGAAAAAUGGUCAUUUUAAUACAAACUGAUAUAUAAAUUCA